GGAGAGGAUCAAGAGAGAGCUCGGUCCAGACCUGGAAGAAAGCAAGUCCCAAAUGUUCCAUCUUCAACCCUAACCCUUAUCAAUCGAGGUGAACGGAGAUGUCAUUAGUUAUCAUGUGACACCGCGUUGCCAAAGGGCGCGCUUCUCGGCACGUCGGACACUAAUCGCAGCUACGAGUUGCCACCGAAAAGGCGUCAGAUGUUUAGGCACACACGACUUCUUUUUGGAAAAAUAUGGCAACUCUCACAACGCCAUCUUGUUAUGUUCUAAUGUCGACUUCAUGCCGCCCCUCCAUGAAGGCGUGAAACACCAAGUCCGAAAAACACUAAUUUUCACACUCGCCCGAUGAUGUCAUUGUCUUUUUCGCUUUCGCAUUUCUCAAUCGCAUUUCAUGGGCAGCCGUUUGGAAAAGGGCUCGGAGGCUUCGCGGAAACGCAUCGCUAGCCAUGAGUUCAACGACGAAGAAGGCGAGGAGUACGGGGAGAGCGAGUUUGGGGGCUUUGGCGAUUAUUUCAGGAGGAAGAAGCUGAAGUUGCAGAACCUCGACGUUGAACUGCGCGAAGCUCGUGGAGAUAAACCCCAAAUAUUCAAGGGGAUAGUGGCUCAUGUCUCCGGUUAUACCCAACCUCCGCUACAGGUCCUCCACAAGGAACUUGUCCAGCAUGGCGCCGCCUUUCUGCAGUACUUGGACUCCAAGACCAUGGCCACCCACAUCAUCGCUUCAGCCAUGCCACCGAAGAAGAAGGCCGAAUUUAGUAACUAUCGCGUCGUCAAGCCCGCCUGGGUGAUGGACUCGAUCAAGGCUGGGAAACUGCUCCCCUGGUCAGACUACCGCGUCAUCGAUGAUGGUCCGAGGCAGAAGACAAUCAAAUUUGACCAAGGGAAGAUGCUCAGUCAAGCGACCCAGCAGUCCCCCCUGGGCUACCGCGAGCAGACUCAGGACAGCUUCUAUAACAGCCAGUUUUCAAAGUCGGCAGACCGUCUCCCGUCCCAAGCUUCCAGCAGCCCGUUCCAGCCCACGUCUGCAAGGAAGCCUGCCCCAGCCGCCCUCGAGUCCAUCGACGACUUCGACGACGUGGACGUGGAUAUGCUCUUCGAGGCUUCGGUAGCCCCAAAGCAAGAAAAAGGGACCCAACCCAAUGUCCCGUCGCCGAAUAAGCACCCGCAGCCGUACCCGGAGGAGAAACCUGAUGAGGUCAAGCGUCUUGACCCUAAUAAUGCACCAAAUUCGCCGCAACAACAACCUCCCGGGAAACCGAUGACUUCAGAAGAGCACAAUGCCUUGCUUCUUCAGGAUCCCAAGAUUCGGAAAUCAUCCACCGCAAACCCUGACUUCCUGAAGCAGUACUACUCUGAGAGCCGCCUACACCAUUUAUCUACCUGGAAAGCUGAACUGAAGUCGCGUCUGAUGAGUAUGACUGCGGAAAGGGGGCCAGUGAUCAAACCAGCUAAGCGCAAAAGCGGCUCCCGUCGAUACAUUAUGCAUGUCGACUUUGACAGCUUCUUCUGCGCCGUUUCCAUUAAUCAGCACGCCCCCGACUAUCGGGAUAAGCCGGUCGUGUUCGGUGUCAAGAAUGGCAUGUGGAUGAAGCGUGCUCAGGAACUCUGCCCGGAUAUCAAGGUAGUGCCGUACGACUUCCCGGCCUACGAGGAAGCGAGCCGGCUGUUCUAUGAUGCCAUCCUCGGCGUUGGAGGUGUCGUUCAGAGUGUCAGUAUCGAUGAGGCUCUUGUCGACAUCACCGAUAUCAUACUCUCUGCUGCAGGUUCCAAAGGGGUGGGCCUUAGCGAAGGCAGCGUCUGGAGGGAACAGGAGAAGGCCGAUGAAAUCGCAACCAAUCUCCGGGCGGAAAUCAAAGAGAAGACAGACUGCCAUGUUUCAGUCGGAAUCGGCGGCAAUAUACUGCUCGCCAAGAUCGCCCUGCGAAAGGCGAAACCUGCCGGCCAGUAUCAGGUCCGGCCGGAGGAGGUCUUAGACAUUCUCGGCCCCCUCAAGGUCGAGGACCUCCCUGGCGUAGCCUACAGCAUUGGUGGAAAGCUCGAAGAGAUCGGCGUCAAGUUCGUAAAUGAUUUGCGCCAGACAUACAAGGAACGCCUGGUGUCUCUCCUGGGGCCCAAGACGGGCGAGAAGCUGUGGGAAUAUGCCCGCGGGAUCGACCGCGCCGAGGUUGGAGAGCAGCCCAUCCGCAAGUCUGUAUCGGCCGACGUGAACUGGGGGAUCCGGUUCGUAAACCAGGCCGAAGCCGACGAGUUCGUCCACAACUUGUGCAAGGAACUUGAGCGCCGUCUUCUGAACGAGGGCGUCAAGGGGAAGAACCUGACCAUGAAGAUUAUGAGACGUGCCCUCGAUGCACCCUUAGACCCAGCCAAACAUCUGGGGCAUGGCAAAUGCGACACAUUCACCAAGAGCGUCACGUUCGGUGUGGCCACGAAUGACAGCGGCGUCAUUGGGAAGGAGUCCAUCGCAAUUCUUCGUUCUUACAGGUUCAGCCCUGGUGAUCUCAGGGGUCUGGGAGUGCAGAUGACCAAGCUAGAACCCAUCAAGCCAUCAGGUGCCCCCGAGGGGAGCCAAAGGAAACUCAACUUCGGCAUCGCAGCCCCUCCCUCAAAUAGACCCAAAACAGAGCUAGUUCAUGACGAGGACGGCGCAGGAAAACUGAGUCGCCGUCCCUCUGGGCAGGAGGUCAAGGAGGACCCCAUCGCAGACGACCCCUUAACGCCCAGGAAACCAAAAGUGCACCCAGCGCUAGCUCUCGCCAGAGCCAACGCCGCCGACGACAAAGCCAACUCCCCCCUCAACCUCGCCGGCACGCAAUUCAUCAUCCCCUCCAACGUCGACCCCACCGUCCUCGCCGAACUGCCCCACGACAUCCGCGCCAAACUAAUGCAGCAAGCCAAACGCCCACCCCCGCGCGCUCCCUCCCCCUCCCGUGAACCAUCCCCCAUCAAGUCCCGCUCCCACAGCCCCGCCCUCACCACCGCCGACGACAUCCCCUCCGACAUCGACCGCGAGGUCUUCGACGCCCUCCCCGAGGACAUGCAAGCCGAGGUGCUCGCCGCCUACGGCCCACAGCGCAAACCGCGCCAGCCCGGCGGCGGCGGCGGCGGUAGUGGUGCGCAGACCCGCCUCCCGCAGUCCCCGCGCAAGGACCGCGUCAUCCACCGCCCGCGCGAGCGGUCCACGCCCACCAAGCGCGGCGGCGGGAUCAGAUCGCUCUUCGGCCGCGCCCGUGAGCGGGAACGGCAGCAGGAUGCCGAGGCGCGCCUGCUGCAGACUAACCUGGCGCCGCCCGCCGCCGCUGCUGCUGCUGCCGGGCAGGAUAUGGUGGCGGCGGGCGACCUGGACCCGGAAUUCUUGGCUGAAUUGCCCGAGGAUGUGCGGCGCGAGGUGGUCGAGGACCAUCGGCGGCGGCGGAUGGCGCGCGGGUCUGGGGUGGGAGUGGGGGCGGGGACCGCGUUGGGGUAUCAUGCCCCUGGCCGCCGUCCUGAUAGCGGUAGUGGUGCUGAUGGUGGUGGUGGUGCGGCCCCGCGGGGCCAGACGCGGCUCAAGUUCCCCGCGAAACCGCCUCGGGUGGCGUUUGCGCGGUCCGGGCUGACGUCGGUCAAGGAGGUCAAGGAGAUGGUCGGGGUGUGGCAUGAGGCGACGCGGGAUGAGGGCCCGCACCGGGCGGAUGUGGAGGUCUUUGAGCGCUAUGUGGCGCGGGUGGUGGGGGAGGAGAGGGAUAUGGAGAAGGCGAGGGUGUUGGUGAAGUGGCUUGGUUGGCUUGUUGAGGAGGGUGAGGAGGGGGCUGGGAAGGAGUCGUGGAGGGAGGCGGUUGUGGCGGUUAAGGGGGCGGUUCAGGGCGCGAUGAGGGAACGCGGGUUGGGGGUUAUGGAUUUUGGAUAG